AUGAGUGACCCUCUUGCCCACCUCGCAGGAUAUACCUCCCCGCCCCCUAAUGACCCAUCCAUCACCCUCAAAGACAACGACCUCCUCCUCCACAACGCCAACAAUACCAGCAACAUCAUCACCACUACCACCAGCAAUACAACCUCAACCACCGCCAGCAGUAAUAGCGCCAACAGUGGCCUGAUCCCCAGCCAUACCCUCCUCCCUCGGGAGGGAUUCGCUCCCAUGAACGAAUCUCAUGACCAACUCCAGCAGCAACACCAACAGCAACACCAACACCAGCAAAUGAACAACCAACAAUCCAUCUUAAUGACCACAGGACCCCUUCAACACGCCAGUCAUGUCUUUGGCACCGAAGGUCAGAUCCUUGCAACAUCCUAUGCCAUGGAAGGCGUUGUCCUUUCAAGUACAGCCAUUCAUCCUGGCCAGCACUUUGUCGCCGUUCCAACCAGUCAGCAACAGGAGCAGCAGCAACAACAACAACAACAACAUCAACAACAGCAGCAGCAACAACAACAACAGCAAGCUGCGGCCCUUCAUCACGCUAUGCAACAACAACAGCAACAGCAGAUACUUCAGCAACAACAGAUCCAGCAACAGCAAAUCCAGCAGCAACAGCAGAUUCAACAGCACCAGCAAAUCCAACAGCAGAUCCAACAGCAGCAGUACGAGCAGCAACAAUUUGAACAGCAACAGCAACAACAACAGCAGCAUAUCCAACAACAACAGCAGCAGCAGCAGCAGCAGCAAAUGAUGAUGGAGCAACCUCAUAUGUCGAUCCAGACCAAUGCUGCAAUGUCGCCCCAGGAGUACCAAGCCAGUCAAGCAGCUCACCAUCAACAACAAUUGCUUACGUCGUUGCCUAUGAAUCCCCCGACGACGCAGCACCAGCAGCAACAGCAGCAGCAGCAUGUGCUGCUUGUAAGCCCACCAUUGCUUCCAGCUGAUGCGCCGGCGAUGUCAAUGAUGCCCCCGAUGACCUUUCAACAGGCCGUAGAAGCACAAAAGGUGCACAUUCAAAUCAUGGAGUCUGAGCAUCUUCACCAGCAACAACAGCAACAGCACCAUCAUCACCAGGAGCAGAUCCAACUCCAACAGCAACAACAGGCACAGCAUAUCCAGCAACAGCAUCAGCAACAACAUCACAUGCAUCAGCUUCAAAUUCAACAGCAGCAGCAGCAACAACAACAACAACAGCAACAACAGCAACAACAACAACAACAACAGCAGCAACAGCAGCAACAGCAGCAGCAGCAGCAGCAGCAGCAACAACAGCAACAACAGCACAUGCUCCCUAACGGUAUGCCUGCACCGGAUCUGUCGAUGCAUCCAAACGCUUUGAUGAUGCAGGAACACCUAGUCUCUCGCUCCCAUACACCCGUCAUUCCUUCUCAACCACCAAGUCACGCGCCUCGCGGAAUGCACCGUCACCACCCAUCUUUUGACGGCCAGCCCACACUGGAUAUGCAGGUGCUCAACGUACAGAUGCAACAACAGGCGCAGGUCCAGGCGCAAGUACAAGCACAAGCACAGGCGCAUCACCAACAGCAACAUCAGCAACAGCAAGUCCAGGAAAUGAUGCAUCAUGCCGCGGCAAUUGUGUCAUCACAACAGGGACUUGUUAGCCCUAUUGAGGCCAGUAUGCCACCACUUAUGAUGCCGAUGGGCCCGAACAUGUUGGUGAUGUCCGCCGCCCAGAUCAUGACAUCGACCGCCCAGGCAAUUGAUUCCAUGGCAUCGGCAGGAGUGGGCUUGAGUCAGGAAAAUCAGGGAUCACAACUUCCCACGAUGAUUCAGCAGCAACAGCAGCAACAUGGACUAGACCCUUCAGGAUUCUCGGUGCAGCCCAUCCCUCACACCAUCGGACAAGUUCCUUCAGCUGGUAUGGCCUAUCCAACGCCUCUUGCAACAUCAGAGUCCAUGUCGUCCUUCACACCUAUGGUACCGUCCAUGCAACCAACCGCGUCACACCCUUCCAGUUCCAACUCAUCUCCUGCAUUCACCCCACCUGAACCCACUAUGGCGACCAUUACGGAAACCAACGCCACUCGACACCGUCGUCACCCAUCUUCAGGACACCAUUCGCCCGAAUUGCGUAUCAUGCUCCAGAAACAGGACUUUUUGCAGCAGCAGAACCAAAAGAUGGCAGCCAAGGAGCAGGCCAUCUUUGACAAAUCGCACCGAGUGGAACCCCACCAGAGUCGAUCACCCCGCGCACCUGGACUCAAGAUCAACGUGUCCGACAUGCAAGUACGGGAAAUGCCUCUCUCAGCUCUUGGAUCGCCUACGGAGAGUGGCCACAUUUACUCUCCCGGUCCUCUUUCUGCUGCUUCGCCAUCCGUCGGUCCUGUCAGCAGCUUUUUUGGCGAAACGCUCAUGGAGGUAUCAUCGACAUUCCGUCGCCAUAAUCUGAACGACCCCGCCCUCACAACCCCUUCAUUGAUGGAUGUGAAGAUUGAACCUUUGGAACUCGAACCGCCCUCGACGCGUUCAGAGCUGGCAGAAUUGACUAAGCAGGAGCUGAUUGAGAAGGUGAUGCAGUACGAGCGCCAGAUGGAGGGCUCGAUUCCUUUGCGCCGCAUGAGCAUCGUCAAGCAGGAGCCCUGCGACAAGGAGCCUGCACGAGAGUCUCAAGUUGUGUCGCCCACUCCAUCGGCCCCUAUUGCACAACCUCCAGCGCUACAGCAGCAUUCGAUCCAGCAGGAUGAAACUCCUCAGAGGACGACACUUUCGUCACCUCCACCUCCAACACUUUCACCUCCACCCCAAGCACACAAGCAUCACAGUGCUCAGGAAGACGUGAUCAAGGAGGAGCCAAAGUUGACCUCGCCGGUGCUGUCGCCCUAUGCAGUCAAGUCCCCUACCAACCUUCACGCUGUCCUGGCAUCCUCUCAAAAUGAAGAGGAGGACGACGGCGAAGACGAGGACGAGGAGAACGAGGAAGAGCUGGAGGAUGAUGAGGGCGAUGACCAUGAUGAACCCCCCACCAAGUCACGCAAGAGAUCGGCGGAUGGACCUGCCGAGGAAGAGGAGUCGGAGGCGCCACUGCAGCUGGUCUGCUUGUGGAGGGACUGCAACUUGACCUUUGACGCUAUGAUGGCGCUGAACGAGCACGUUGCCGAUGUGCACAUUGGAAGCGGCAAGGCUUGCUACACCUGCGACUGGAAAAACUGUCCUAGAAUGAUGAAGCCCUUCACCAAGCGACACAAGAUGUACAACCAUUUGCGGACUCACACUGGCGAGCGACCCUUCCGAUGCCUUGUGCCUGGAUGUGACAAAAAGUUUUCUCGACCAGACUCUUUGACGACGCACACCAAGACCCACUCCAAUAUUCGUCCCUACAUCUGCCCUGUCGACGGCUGCACCAAGGCGUACUACCAUGCUCGAUCCCUUAAGAAGCAUGAGCUCGCGCAUGACGUCAAGAGCGUCUCCCAUUCGAAUUUGCGUGGAGCAGGAGCAGCCCACGGUUCCAGCAGCACCACAGCUCAGGACCAAUCUGCAUCGACCUCCAACCACUCGAAUUCCCAGCAGAGCCACCCCCACUUUAGUCACCCCUACCACCCCGACUACACUGGAGGUACUGGACGGAAACAUCGUCGUCAACAGAGUCAAAACGCCAACCUUACUGUGACUUCGGAGGUGACUCUCACAUCGGCUGCCGCUCCUAUCAGCUCGAUUGCCCCGACGACCAUGUCGAUUUCUAAUGGAAUCGGUAAGGAUUUUAAUGGAACUUCGAUGAUGGGCUUCAACUCUGCGCUCUUGUCCCCCGCUUUGUCAACCCACUCUUCGUCGUCAUCGGUGCCCACCUUGUCGAUGGUGAUGAACAACGACCACAGCAGACAUGAGGGUGGUAUGGUGGCACUCGAUCCAAUGUAUCAGACCGCCAACAAUGCAGCUGUAUCGCCAGAGGCCACCAACCCUCAUUUGAGUCCUUCCGGAUCGCCAGGAUUCCAGAAUGCCAUCAUUCCAUCAUCUGCCGCCGCCUCUAUGGCGAUGGGUAUGCCCAUGACAUCUGGAAUUUCCCAUGCCAACCUUGUGGCGCAUUCAACAAUGCAACCUGCAGUAUCGGGAAUCAACUUGGCCAUGAUCCAAAACGAUGGCAAGGGUUACAUGAUGUCGACCGACCAGCACGGAGCCAUCGUCACGUCGUCGGAUCUCGGUACCUCCCAUCUCACGACCAAUCAAGCAGGGGCUGAUCUCGGAUAUGGUCUCAUGCCCGUGGAUCCGCAUCCCAUGCAACAGUGA